GCUACUACUACUACUACUACGAUUAUUGGCCUGGCCCUCACCGGAUAACACCAAAUUACGCGACGUCAAAAUGCAUUCUGCAACACGACUUUGCGGCCGUAUAAAACAAUUGGUAAAUGUUCGCCAAAUUCACACUACUCUCCAUGUCCGGCAAUUUCAGAGUGCAAUAAGCCUGAAGACUUUAUACCCCAAGAGUGAUUUAGAUCUACUUAAGAAAACGGAGCCUCCUAAAAGCAGUGGUUUAACUUUCUCAGGAUAUAUUCCAAUUGAAAAAGUACAAAUUUCAUAUUCCCGGAGCAGUGGGCCAGGUGGACAAAAUGUUAACAAAGUGAAUACAAAAGUUGAUCUUCGCUUUGAGUUGAAUACAGCUGAAUGGCUUCCUGACCAGCUGAAAGAAAGAGUUAGAGAAAAGUUCAAGACUUCCGUAAAUUCAGAGGGUUUUCUUGUUGUAAGAUCUGACAAAACUCGUUCUCAGCAGUUGAAUUUAGCAGAUGCAUUGGAUAAACUUCGGACUAUGAUUCAUUCAGCGUCAUAUGAACCACCUCCACAUGCUGCAGAAGAUGUUGAAAGACAUAGGAGAAGACAUGAAGCUGCUGUUAGAGAAAGAUUACGUCAAAAAAAGCACCGAUCAUUGAUCAAGCAAGACCGACAGGCUCCUGAAGUUGAUAUGUAGUUUUGUAUGAAUAAGUUAUUGUAUAUUUGUAAUAUAUCAAUACUGGUCCGUUUUGUUAAAACAUAGAGUCAUUACUAUAGGUAUAAAAGUGCUAGGAAUAUGAAGAAUACAAAGUGCAGUUCAGGUUAGUUUCCUUUCUUUUACAUAACCUGUACUUGCAAGGUUUAGUACUGUACCUAUUGUUUUUUUGGAAAAUAAAUAUAACAAAUUA